AUGUCCCACCUACGAUACUACGCAUACAACGGCGUCGGAAAGCGCAAUCUAGAAAAGUACUACUACAGUCAAGCAGUCCGGAUAGAUGACCGGAUUGAAUGCGCGGGGCAAGGCAAGUACCCCCCUUCCUACUCUCCCCACCCCCCCCUACCUCCAUCCAUUCAAUAACACACACCAGGCGGUUGGAACCCGAAAACCGGUGAACUGGCAAAGACGAUGGAGGAGCAGAUCGAGAAGGCCUUCCAGAACAUCGAACUGAACCUCAAGGACUCUGGCGGCGCGGGUUGGAGCCAGGUGUACAAGAUACGUUCCUAUCAUGUCGACCUGUCGCCCGAGUCGUUGGGCGCCACCGUCGCCACUAUCCGGAAGUGGUGUCCGAAUCAUGCGCCCGUGUGGACGUGCAUGGGCGUCGCGGCGCUCGGGGAGGAGGGGAUGUUGAUCGAGAUUGAGGUGGAGGCACAGGUUCCGAGG